CAAAAUCAAGCUUAGCGGAGAAAUCUGAGGAAACAUUUGUCUAGGUUAAAAAUCGUGAAACUGAUCGAUGCAUCGAAGACGAAAAUCCCAACAACAGUAGAUCAAGGAGCUUCUCUAGAACCAGACUCGCCGUUGAAGGCCAUUGAAAUCUCUCAAACUCCUCUCUCUACAGUCUAUCGUCUCCUUCCCUCGUCCCCUUUUUGAGUUUUCCGACGACUUCUCCUCCUAAUUAAUGGCGACACCUUACAAGGAAGAGAGAGUUAUCCAAAAGAGCUAUUUGAAGGAGAAUUCGAGUGAUUUGACUGUUGAGGCCAUAAUGCUUGACUCCAAAGAUUCUGAUCCCGACAAAGAAGAACGUCCUGAGGUACUAUCUUUGAUCCCACCAUAUGAAGGGAAAACGGUGCUGGAACUUGGAGCUGGGAUCGGUCAUUUCACUGGUGAACUGGCUCAAAAGGCUGGUGAAGUUAUCGCCCUUGACUUCAUCGAAAGCGCGAUUAAGAAGAAUGCAAGUGUCAAUGGACAUUAUAAGAACGUUAAGUUUAUGUGUGCGGAUGUGAGAUCACCGGACCUGAAAAUCACAGAUGCAUCCAUCGACUUGAUUUUCUCAAAUUGGUUGCUCAUGUAUCUGUCUGAUAAAGAGGUGGAACUUUUUUCAAAAAGGAUGCUUGGAUGGAUAAAGCCAGGGGGUUACAUUUUCUUUCGAGAAUCUUGCUUCCAUCAAUCCGGAGACAGCAAGCGGAAAUCAAACCCCACCCAUUACCGUGAACAAAAAUUCUAUACAAAGAUUUUCCAGGAAUGCCAGACACGUGAUGCUUCUGGAAAUUCAUUUGAGCUCUCAAUGGUUGGUUGUAAACGCAUUGGGGCGUAUGUGAAGAACAAGAAAAAUCAAAAUCAGAUUUGCUGGAUUUGGCAAAAAGUCAGCUUGGAGAAUGACAAGGACUUACAGCGUUCCUUGGACAAUGUUCAAUACAAGUCUAAUGGAAUCUUGCGCUUUGGGCAAGGAUAUGUGAACAGUCAACAAGAGAGUGUCCACCAUGAUCCCUUUUCCAUUUUCAACCAAGUCCCUCUCUUUAGUACACAAUGUACAGAAGCUUCCAGCCAUGGUGAAGACGAGAGAAGAAAAAGAAGAAAAUGGACCCCGGCAGAUGAUGCGUUGCUUAUCAGUUCGUGGUUAAACACGAGCAAGGAUCCUGUUGUAGGGAGUGAGCAAAAGUUAGGGGCUUAUUGGAGGCGCAUUGCAGCUUACUUUGCCGCUAGUUCUGGAGGACGAGAAAUUAGGCAGCCAAGCCACUGCAAGCAACGGUGGCAGAAGAUUAAUGAUCUUGUUUGUAAGUUCUGUGGUUCCUACGAGGCUGCAACAAGAGAAAAGGCAAGUGGACAGAAUGAUAAUGAUGUUUUGAAGCUGGCUCACGAAAUCUUCUACAAGGACCAUAAGAAAACAUUUACGCUUGAACAUGCUUGGAAGGAGCUACGAAAUGACCAGAAAUGGUGUAACCUCUCUACUUCUAAAACUGAAGGAAGCUCUAAAAAGAGAAGGUGUGAUGUUGAUGCACAAUCCGCAAGCUCUCAAGCAGAGGAAACAAAUACUGGUGAAGAGGAUCUUGGUGUUAAGGCAGCUAAAGACAGAGGUAAAAGGCAUUCGGUGGAGGGCAAGGCUCUAGCAGAGUUUCAGAGUACGUGGUCCAUUAAGGAGAAGGAAUUUGCUAUGAAGGAAAGAUUGUCAAAGAUGAGUCUAAUAGACAGUCUCAUUGGAAAAAAAGAACCAUUAUCCGAUUAUGAAGAAGCUCUAAAGAAGAAGCUUAUUACUGACAUGUUUGGAAGUACAUGGAUGUCGGCACAAGGGAGUAUCAGAAGGAAGAAAGACACAAAGGCACAAGGGAGUAUCACAAGAAAGAAAGACACAAAGAAACAAGGGAGUAUCACAAGGGUUUAGCACAAGACAAGAAAUGAGACCAUUUUUCUUUAUUUUUUAUUUUGGUCGAUGGGUUGGGUUUUGUAUAUUUGCUAAUAUAUAACCAAAUCCACAAAUGUUUGUAUGUUUUGACACCAUAAAUGAAUCAUGCCUCUUCU